AUGGAGAUGGACGUGAUCUCGAGUCGCCUGGCAGAUGCGCUGCACAUCCCCCCGCUGAACAGCAACGUGGCCCUGGAGUGCAUGGCGCCCUUCAAACGGCUGGCCUGUCGACCCCUUUCGGAUGGAGACCUCGAGCAGCUUCACCUGCUGCUUCUGAUCAUCUCCGCAGACACGUCCCCGCCCUUAGCUCGCCUUGCACGCCUGCCGAUCGUCCCCACGGAGUCGGGCCACCUUGUCAUCCCUGAGAACGAGAACGUGUACAACGUUGGGGUCGGUUUCCAAGGCGUGAUCCCGGGGGCCAAGACGCUGAGCUCGCGCUUCGCAGCGCUGAUGCACCAGCGUGUCGCCGGGCUCCUUCAUCGUGUGGGUGUGGAGCACGCUGAGGGCCUUCAGUUCUUCAAGCAGGUGCUGGUGCCCUUCCUGACCAGCGCCACUCAGCCGGGCGUGGAGGAGCUCCUUCAGUGCACGCACGCGGCGCGGCGCUUCUUGCAAUCCUCUGAGCAUGUGGAGGACCUCACCCCACACCUCCGCAGUGGCAUGUGGGUGGCCUCAGACUGCCAGACGCGUGACUCCUUGGAGACGAGGAGCGUGUGCUGGUGCAGCCCACAGAACCCGCUUCACCUUGCGCCCCUGCCCGAGAGCUUGCGGAAAGUGUACCCGCAGAAGUGGCUUUAUGUCUCCAGCGCUUACCUCCAGAGCGAUGCCGAGAUUCCAAGCUGGCAGAAGUUCUGGACAUCCCUCGGGGUGUGGCCCGCCUUCGCGGUAGCAGACGGCCAGAGCCAGGAGCUCACUGCACUUCUCCGCGCUCUCUCCAGCGCCACCGACAGCGGGGCAGUGGCUGUGUCCUUGGUCUCCUUCCUCGCCCCCCACGGUGAGCUCUAUACGCCCUACUUGCAGGCGGGAGACGGUGGCAGCGACAGAGAAGGCGCAGCGACUCACUCGGUCCGCCAGCUGCUGGAGUCCAGGCCCUGGCUGCCCACCCGAGGCGGCGAGCUGGUGAGAGUCCAAGACUCCUGGAUACCGGCGGCCAACCCGCUUCCCUUGGAGGAGCCCUUUGCCUUCGCGCCCGUGGUGGCCGAGCUGAAGAAGACAUGGACUGCUCUCAGCUUCAAGGCCGCAGCCUCACCCCGAAACCUGGUGGCCAUCAUCCGCAAGCAGGCAGCGGCCCGGAGGCAGCAUAGCGUUCACGAGUGGAGGUGCCUCUACGGACGUCUGAUGCAGGUCUUGGACUUCACCGGGUCCGAUGUGGAGAGCCAGGAGGCCCUGGACUUCCUUCGCACCUCGAGGUGGAUUUUCGUGCCGGAGCACCCGCGACUGCUUUCGGGCAAGCGCGACGCCUUCGAUGACAGAGGGGCCGCAGUCCCCCGCAAUGGCCAGUUUUGCUCCGUGGCGGAGGUCGGGGGAAAGGAGGGGUUCGAAGUGAAGGUGGCCGUGGAUUGCUGGGUUGUUCCGAGGCGUUCGGGGCUUGCGGUGGUGUGCGAGGGAGCUCAGCUGUCAACCGUUUGA